CAGAAGCCAGCAUGUCUUAACAUUGACCAUGUAGUCAAGACCAAAGUACAGCAAACCAAACGCAGUUACCUUCUGUCCGCAUAUUCGCUUUAGGAUUUCGGGUUAUUACUGUUCAGCAUGCAGCUCUGCGCUACGCUCACUGUUCUCGGGCUCCUGGUAAUGGGGUCACAGGCACAGGGGGUGAUGCCCACCGUUAGCUUCCCUCCCUGCGAUUCCCCGGAGGCUGAAGCAGCGGCUCUGGUGGCACAGGAUUUCCUCAAUGCUCAGCAAACACACGGUUACAAAUAUGCCCUCAAUCAAAUUGACGAAAUCAAGUUCAUCUCCAUGCCACCUCAAGCGGACACGUAUCAUCUGGAGUUGGAUUUGCUGGAAACUACGUGUCAUGUCUUGGAUCCAACGCCAGUGAGCCUUUGUCCAGUCAGACAAAAAGUUGAUAUGGCAGUUGAGGCUGAUUGUGAUUUUGUACUGGAAAAUACAACUCAAGGUCUGUCUGUUGUGGCAUUCAAGUGUGAAACUGAGACAGAAUCAGAUGAAUGCUUAGGCUGCCCUCAACUUGUUCUUUUAAAUGACAGCGAUGGCCUUCAACUCAUUGAAUCCUCUUUAGAUUAUUUCAAUAAAAAUAAUGCUCUAAACACAAAGUUUGCUCUCCUUGAAAUUGGACGCAUAAGAUCCCAGAUUGUCAGUGGUGGACCCAGGUACUUUGCAGAAUAUGCCAUUAUUGGGACAAACUGCACAAGUCAAGAUGAUGAUAUAUGCAUCCCUCAGAAUCACAAUGUUGCUAUCCAUGGCCUCUGUCUAGCUCAAGGUUCUGCCAAACUGAAUGAUGUUGACUGCAAAAUCUUUGGCCCAACCCAAGCUGUGGAUCCAGCAAGCAAUGCCACAGUACAAGUCCAAAAACUUCUGCAUGCACACACCUUUGGACCUCAGCACAACCCUGCCAUCCACGGCCUCAAACAUCACAAGCUGACAGCACUUCAUGACCCCUCGGCCAGCGGUCUGCUCUCGGCAGAAUCCUCUGAAUCAGCCGAGGUGGUGAUGGUGCCAAAAAUAGCUCCUGUUGUAAAGAGGGAGGUCGCUGAAACACAAGGGCCAGCAGUAGAUGCAGCAGUGUCAGAAAAAACACCUGUUCUUUCAAAGCCGAUUCUCCUUGCUCCCAUUUGUCCAGGAAAAAAGAAACAUUUCUGACCUGCUCAAAUUUCAUGACCAUAUACAGAUGACAUUAACUCAUCUUGUUCUGAGGUAGCCACCAAACUCAUAAGUGCAGUCGGUCACAUGUAUAAACAAAACGGACCUUUUUGUUAAGGAAGGAAUAAAGACUGUGCCUGUUACUGUGGUGCUGUAAUAAAAUGUAAAUGUUUAUGA